AGUACACGGGAGCCCCUCAAGAUCGGGGUAAAAUUGUACAGACGGCUCCAAAACUCCAGGGCACUUCAGGAGACUCCGUAGAGGGGCCCCCAGGAGCCUCUAAGCGUUUGCAAAGGGUAAGAAGGGAAGCAAGGCACAAAACAAAAUACAGCUCUCACCAGACAAGUAGGGAAAGCGGACUGAUAAACUCCUGUGCGAGAAAAUUAUGCGUCCCAUCCGCAGGAGUCACCGGGAAACGAUCGGUAACCUACACCGCGCAGCACCCGCUAAAUGCAGGGCGCGGUGUUGCGCGGUGCUGCGCGGCUGUGUUGCUCUGGCGAGCUGCGGACUGUGAUAUCCGAGGGGGUCCCAUGGAUCCGACCCCACCGAGCGUUUGUCCAGUGGGAAAAUGAUCCUGGGAGUACCGCCUCGCGCUGGGGACCGGUCGACCUGAGCUCAGAGGAUCGCCGCCUCGCGCUGCUGGCCGGGCGGCAUAGAACUCAGAGGUUACCCCCCAGCGUCCUCGAUCCGGGAGGCACCGCCUCGCGCUGCGGACUGGGCGGCAUGGUCUCAGAGAAUCGCCGCCUCGCGCUGCUGGCCGGGCAACUAAGAAGUCUGACGCCGCCCCAAAAUCAAUCCACUCGGCACCCGAUCCAUCCGCCGGUCGGGGGCGCGCCGGCAGAGCUGCGGAGCAGGGCCGCCCGUGGAGAGGCGGAGAUGGGAGGGGCGACCCCCCCCCCUGCCGGACGCCCGUGGAGAGGCAGAGGAGAGGGAGGGCAAACCAGGGGUGCCAGGGGGGGCGGCCUUCUUCGAAGGCCUUUGCACCGCAACCCGCCCCCACUAGUGGCAUCGAGCCAGGCUGCAUACAACGGCUUGGUAUACAGCAAGUGGGCAAAAAAAGAAAGGGUCUGCUGGCAUUCAAGCCUGCGAGACCACGCACGGAUGCCCCUUCUCCGUGCAUCGCCAGCACCAGAGACGGUCCUGGCUAUUCGAUGGUCCGUGGGAGACUGCUCCCAAAGCGCAGAAAUCGAGCUAUAAUAUUCGAGUGACCGCAGAAGCCGUCCUCUGCGCCCUUAUCCUCUCCCCCGGGCCUGCACGCGGCCCCCGGAAAUCCCUGCCCCCUUCCCCGAACGCUCACCCAAUCCCCCGCCCGCUGUUGGCCUUCGGAACAGCUCCGAAUCAUGCCCGACGCGGCGAGCUUCCUCGAGGCAAGGGCGAGGGGCCUCGUGGCACGCGCCUCCGUGGCGAACUCCUCUCUGGGGCCCGCGUCGGGGCCCCUGUGCAGAGGCUCCUCUGACCCAGCCGGGCGUGCAGCAGACGGCCAUGCAGGACCGUGGCGAGCUCCUGGGGCCGAGGCCGAGACAGAGCCACAGAAGAAGACAUAGGUGCGCAAGCAGAGGCUUUCGGGGAGGUCCGCGCGGAUUCCUCGGAUCGGCGCUGACCCCUCGGGGGCGCCUCCGGUGCCGCCCAUCGCGCGCUCCGCGCGCCAGGGAAGGGGGCUCAGCGCCUGCCCA